AUGUCGACGACGAUGACGACGACGAAUAAGAUAUCAGUAGACAAUCUCAAUGAAUUCGAUCGACAAAAAAAACAAGCAGCAAUGAUUCGUCAAUAUUUACAAGUAACAAAUAUUGAUUCGAAUUCUUCGCUUAGAAAAACUUCGAAAUCAGAAUCUGAUUCAUCGACAUCAACUCUAUUACCGUUGUCCUCACUUAAUUUUAAUGAACUACGACAAGAUUUAGAACAAGCUGAAGAACGUGUUGAACGUUUACGUCAAGAAAUAAAAACAAUGCAGAAUAAACGUGAUGAAUCUAUUUUAAAACUAACGCCACCGCCACCACCGCCCUAUAUACUGCCAUCAAUUAAUAAGACAAAUGGAGAUUUUUUAAAUCAUAAUCUUCUGAUACCCAUUAAUACAGGAAUUAUAGAUAGAACAAUAACGCCACCACUUAUUCAAGACUAUUUAUCAUCACAACACCAACAACAAAAUUCUAGACAAAUGCUUAAUAAUGGAAUCUCAUCGUCAUUAUUAUUAUCUAAUGUUAAUCCAAUUAAUCAUUUAUCAACAAAUCCAGUUGAUAUGGCAAAAGAUCAUCGACAACAACAAUUUCUUUUAACAAUGCGUCAACAUCGUGAACAAUUAUUUGCCUAUAUUGAUUCAUUAAAACAAGCCCUCAGUUCACUCGACAGAUUAGCUUCAUUAGAACCAACACGUAGCGAAAUUCAUUUGGCUAGUAUGAAACUUGAUACAAUACAGCAAAAAAGUCGACAACUUCGCGCAUUAAAAUCAAAUCGUUCACCUCAACAAUCUCCAUUUAUUGAAUGUCGUAUACGUCAAUUAGAAUAUGAUUUAGUCUAUAUGUUAAGUGAACAUCAAAAAGAUGUACAAGCUAAACUUGAAUUAAAUGAACAGCGAAGUCUUAUGCUAUUGAAAAUUAUGCAGGUAACAGAUGAAUUGGCUUCUGUCGAGCAACAAAUACAACAGUUAUUAUCAAAUACGGACAUACAUCGAAGAAAUUCAUCACCAUCAUCUAAUGAACUAAAUCAACAACAAUUAUCAUUGCGAACUAUUAAUCCAGUAAAUAAUCUUGAUGGAAGACGUGUGGCAUUUCAACAAUCAACAGACAGUAAUCCAUUGACGAAAUUAACUAAUGUAUAUUAUCUUCAUCAUCAUUAA